AUGGCUCCCGUCUACAGCCGCCCGUGGAAGUCGUACCCGCCGCUGAGCAUCGCGUACCGGCUCUAUAACCUGCUGUGCCUGGCCGGCAAGCUGCCCUUCCUGCUCGUCCUCUACGCCCUCUCCCGCUCUGCCCGCCCGCACCCCACGUUCUCUGUCCAGACGAGCAUCGCCAUCCGCCUCCUCUACGGCGUCAUCGACGGCUCCGCCCGCACCGAGCAGCCCGUCCCGCUCUCCCUCGAGCCCGGCAAGGAGAAGGACCGCUUCAAGGUCUGCGAGCCCUACCCAAGCAGCCUCUACGUCGGGCCUCUGGCUGCCGUGCCCCAGGUCCGUCCAGCCAAGGUCGGCGGCACCUGGUUCCCCAACCUCCAGGUUGUCACCGCCAAGCCCACGUCCACCACCGUCCUCUACCAUAUCCAUGGCGGCGCCUGGAUCCUCGGCGACGGCCGCACCGAGCAGGUCGGCGCCGCCGCAGAGGCAAUGAUCAAGCAUGCCGGCGUCGACGCCGUCUUCUCCCUCCAGUACCGCCUCGCCGCCCGGCCCGGCGCCCACCCCUUUCCGGCCGCCCUCCAGGACGUCCUGACCGGCUACCUCUACCUCACCCGCACCCUCGCCAUCCCCGCCCACAACAUCGUCCUCUCGGGCGACUCGGCCGGCGGCAACCUCGCCAUCGCCUUCCUGCGCUACCUCGCCAACCACGGGGACCAGACGUCCCUCCCCAACCCCCGUGCCGCCCUGCUCUUCUCCCCCUGGAUCUCCCCCGUCGACAACACCACCCCGCACGGCGACCUCUCCGUGACCACCAACCCAAACUUCAACACCGACUACCUCCCGCCCGCCUUCAUCCGCUGGGGCGCCCUCGCCUACUCCGCCCACGUCCCCGCCUCGGACCCGUACAUCACCCACCGGGGUCACCCCUUCCGCCUCCCCGUCCCGACCUGGGUCGUCUACGGCACCCUCGAGCUCCUCGAGAUCGACGGCACCGCCUGGGUCAAGGAGAUGCAGGCCGCGUACCCGGACGACGAGGAGAACAGCUACAACAACAGCGGCCUUGAGGUCUACUACGAGGAGAACGCGCCCCACGACACGCUGCUCCUCGGCGUCAUGCUGGGUAUGCAGGACAGCUUUAGAAAGGUCGCCAUCGACGCGGGGCGGUUUCUCAAGGAGCAUCCGGCCAAGACUUGA